AGUAUCUCUCGCGGUGUGAGGCUGCAAGAAAUGUGAGCAGUCCAUGUUAAAAAAUAUAAUCAAAGAUAACGAGAGAGACGAUGGGAUGUUAGCGAUUGAAAACCAUUUGAAGUUAAUACUACAAAGAGAAUAAUUACGACACGUGGACACUAGCUGUGGGAUGUGCAGCACUUGAUUUCGUUCUGUAGAAAUUGUUUACCCUAACCAAUUAAUUAUUUACAUAAUAUAUUAACUGCAGGGAGGUCAGAUAUCUCUUUAUUCCUUAGCAGUUGCCAAUCGUUGGGUGGACAUCCUUACUUGGGGUGGAAUCGGCGGCCGACAAGCAGCAAACUAGUAACACACACAAAUAACAACGACCAUCCUGCUAGAAAAGAGCAAGGGCAGACAAAUCAAGAAGUGAACACUGUAGUCACACAGACGGCGCUGCGAUCACGAUGUCUCGCAUGAUGUCCUUACUCUUAAUCGUCGCUUUGUCCACCUGGCCUGUUAGCACGAGCGAUGUCCUUUGGACAUGGGACGAAACUCUUGAUGACGUCAUCAAGGUACCCAACCCCCCCUCACGCACACAAGUGAAACGAGCCGUUAACGUGGGUCACUGCGCAUCUUUGUGCACCUCAAACGUCUCGUGCUCUUCGUUCUUCUUCCUCUCGAAGACAGGAGAGUGUCGUCUCAAUGAGUUUGUCUUUGCUACACGAGCUGACGGCCAGUCGUCACCAGGUGCCAGAUACUUCAAGGCUUUCUCUGCUUCAUGUCCUUCUGGUGACGGGUAUGUAUGGCUGCGUGGUCCAGGCAUUUGCAUCAAGGUUUAUUUAGAUUCCCCGAACUUCAAAUCCGCGUACAAAAGCUGUGUCGAUGCUGGUUCACGGUUGGCUGUUCUGGACAAAGGAGACAAGUUGACAGUAACUGCGGCAUACAUGGCAGACCUGGCAUCUAAGAUUACCCGAGCCUUCAUCGGUGGCAUGCGAGACGGAGCUGCGAAUGGUAGCCGAGCCUCAUGGGACAAAUACCGGGACCCGCUGUACUGGCUGAAUGGAGUGCAGGUAGCCAUUAGUGGGCCUGACGCCUACUGGGACCUCCCGGCUCUCAACCCCUCCAAUGACCGUAACGAAGAAGGGUGUAUGGAAAUCUUUUCGGGACUAUGGAAUGACAUGGUCUGUAAUUCAGGUCACCCCUACAUCUGCGAAAAGAUUUAAACUUGAUCUGUCAGAUCCUACUCCCGUGUCUUUUCAAAAGCAGUGUGGGAGAGCGAGCUGUGGAUGGUACCUGGAUCAUCGAGACAGGGGAGAGAAUCUUAGAAAUGUUUCGUCUCUUGUGGUUCUUGAACGUUUAUUUGUUAUUUAUUGAUAUCGUUUUGCUCUUGCC